AUGUUUAUUAGUAGGUGUACGUUGUAAUCGUGUGUUUGCUACACUUGGAUUCCUGGAAUUCAUUCGAUCAUCCGAUGAGCACAAACUAUUGAAAAACUUGUACGAUAAACAAGGAUUUUUGAAGUUUAAAAGGGAACUACUUUUUAAAAAUGUAUUUGUAUAAAGAGGAAUUUGAUUGUUCUGGAGAAAGUAGCAGUGAAAGUGAAGAUAACAUCUUUGGAAGAUCCUGGCUCUGGUCCCAAACCAUGAACUAUGUUGGACAGUUACUGGUAACAGUUAAGGAAUUGUACAAAGGAUUGAAUCCUGCAACACUCUCUGGAUGCAUUGAUGUGAUUGUAGUCCAACAACAGGAUGGCACUUACCAGUGCUCACCAUUUCAUGUUCGAUUUGGAAAGUUGGGGGUACUUCGAUCGAAGGAAAAUGUGAUUGACAUCGAGAUUAAUGGCGAUCCAGUAGAUCUGCACAUGAAGUUGGGAGAUAAUGGAGAAGCAUUCUUUGUACAGGAAACAGAGGAAGAAAAUGUAUGUGGUGAUUUUCACAUAUAUCCCUUUUUUUUGUAUAGGGGGUUGUCUCACACUUCCUUAAAGGACAACGAAUUAAAAGAACCUUCAUCCUUUUCCCAUGAGAUUAACUACCCACAUUCUGAUGGUGACUGGUCUCCUGCUGAGAGCGCAUCCAUUUCUCAGCCGUUUUCUCCUAAAAGUGACUCUGAACUAAUGGUGAAACCAUCUGAUGUGCUGAUACCUGAGUCCCACAUGCAGUGGUCCUGGGGAGAGUUUCCAGAAUCAACAAGGGUUACUAAAAGAGAGAGGCAGGAACAUCCAGAAACUGUCCAUAUUACACCAUCUGAAAACACUCACUUCAGGGUAAUCCAUCAUUCUGAUGCCAUGGAUGUGGAUGUCACAGCUUGCAAAAUCGUAACUCAUGCAGUUCUGAAACCUGAGGCUAGAGCAGUUGUGGAUAUUCACCAAGCAGCUGCUGACAGUGAAGUUGCAUCAUCUGAGGAAAUGUUUAGUAACAUGCUUUCUCAAGCCCCAGAUUCAUGUGGUAUCUUAGCAACUGGAGUCUCUGAUAUGUCUCAGAUAGACAGUCCCUCUGUAGACAUUGAAACACAGCUUUCAACUGUUACAAAAUUAGAUUCACCAUCCAAGAAAAAAGGUCUGCAGAAACGAAGUCAGCAUCAGGGACCUGAUGACAUUUAUUUGGACGAUCUGACUGUUUUGGCACCCGAGGAUGCUGCUCGCUAUUUUCCUAAAAGUGAGUUUGACAGCAAUUCUAAACGGUGGACUGAAUCAGAGACAUGCUCUGGUUCUCAGUCACCACAGUCAGUAGGAAGUGCAGCAAUGGAUAGUGGCACUGAAUGCCUUUCUGAUUCAGCAGCUGACCUGCAAGAUCUCGACUUCUCACUUUGUGGAGGUCUCAGCGAAAAUACUGAGAUAUCGAAAGAGAAAUUCUUACAACAUCUUGUUACCUAUCAGCAAUUUGCAGAAAAUCCUGGGAUUAUAGAUGAUCCUAAUCUCGUUCUAAGAAUUCAUAACAGGUACUAUAAUUGGGCAUUAGCUGCUCCCAUGAUUCUCAGCAUGCAGGCUUUCCAAAAGUGUCUACCAAAGGCAACAAUUGAUGACUGGGUGAAAGAUAAGAUGCCAAAGAAGUCUGGUAGAUGGUGGUUCUGGCGUAAGAAAGACAAUGCUGUCAAACAGCCUGAAGCAAAACAAGAGAAAUUGGAUGAAAGCAGCAAACCUGAUCAAAGCCAAAACUCUGCCACCAGCAGAUCCAAAGAAGGAGACGACUCUAGUGAUGAAGACUCCACUAACAUAAAUGAACCAAAAGCAAGUGACACAAAAUUAUCAGAGAACUCAAAUCAGGGAUGUUCCGUCUCGUACAAGAAGUCACUGAGAUUAUCCUCAGAACAAAUUGCAAGCCUUAAACUAAAAGAGGGGCCAAAUGAUGUGGUAUUUAGUAUAACAACUCAGUACCAAGGUACCUGUCGCUGUGAAGGGACCAUAUACCUUUGGAACUGGGAUGACAAAGUCGUCAUAUCGGAUAUUGAUGGAACCAUAACCAAAUCUGAUGCCUUAGGGCAGAUUCUUCCUCAGCUGGGCAAAGACUGGACACACCCAGGGAUCGCCAGACUUUAUCAUAAGAUUCAUGAGAAUGGUUAUAAAUUUCUGUACUGUUCUGCACGUGCCAUUGGGAUGGCAAACAUGACAAGAGGAUAUUUGCACUGGGUGAAUGACAAAGGAACAAUACUUCCUAGAGGGCCCUUACUGCUUGCUCCUAGCAGUCUUUUUUCAGCAUUUCAUAGGGAGGUAAUAGAGAAGAAACCAGAAAAGUUUAAGAUUGAAUGUUUGAAUGACAUCAAAAGUUUAUUUACUGUUUACAACCAGCCUUUCUACGCUGCUUUUGGAAACCGACCAAAUGAUGUUUGUGCCUACAAGAAAGUAGGAGUUCCAGACUACAGAAUUUUUACAGUAAAUCCAAAAGGUGAACUGAUACAGGAGCAAACUAAGGGCAAUAAAUCUUCGUACAUUAGGCUGAGUGAGCUUGUGGAACAUGUCUUCCCUUUGCUUUGUCAAGAACAAUGCUCAGCUUUCGUUUAUCCAGAGUAUAGCCACUUCAACUACUGGCGAGACCCACUGCCAAAUAUCAGUACAGAAGAUCUGAAUUAAGUGUAGCUAAUGGUAGAACUGUCAGAAAUAUUGCCAAUAUGUUUAUACUUUUUUAAAACAGUCUGAUUCAGGUAUGGAUUAAUUAAGAUUAUCAUUUGUGUUUAUGUAUUAAUUCUGUUGCUGUAGAAGCUUGACAUUUACACAAGUGGACACCAUUAAUACCAGCAGAAUUCUCUCAGGAAUGUAGCUUUAGUGUUCAUUUUACAUAUUGGUUGUGCCAGAAGGAAAAUCAAUGAAUUUGAACAUGAACUGUGUCUUUACUUAAGACCAUUGCACAUAAUGUUAGCCCUCUUCCUUACAGUUGCUACUUAUAGUAACUUUUUAAGAAAACAAAUAGCUUGGUUUGAAUUAAAAUGUGAACUCAAUUACCAGAUAUACGGGCUUUUUCUAAUACUAUGAAAAUGGAUGCCAAAUAUGUUGAAUAUAAUGGAGCCUAGAAGUACUCCAAAGUCCACUCACAUGCUGCAGAAAUUACCCAGUUUGUACCGCAGUAUCUCUCACCAUUUAAUGCUGCUUCACCAAUGGUGGGAAUGUAUACCAAUAUUGAAUUUGAUUUCAGUUGUUUGAAAAGUAAAUAUCAAUCCAAUGCCACUUUCAACCUAUAAAUUGGAUAUAUGGUAUUAAAAGCCCUCAGUAUGGAACAAGGUCCCAUUUGUAAUCCACCAUUUUAUUAUAGGUUGUUGGCUAUUGUGUAGUCAGGCUAUUCAAUACAUUUUUGUUAUAUUUAAUAACCUGUUGCCAUAUUUAUAUUGUGUACUUUCUUGUGUAUGCCUUCAAUUGAUAAAAUGUAAUUCAGUGUGGUCACACCAUUACAAAAGAAGUAAAUGAAGGGUUUUGCAUUUGAGCAUUUGCACAUUAAUACAGCAAGUUCAUUCUUUCCAUGAAAGAGUUGAAUAAUGUGUUAUGAGAACACAAUUAUUAAAGUUAAUUACUUAUAUGUUCUUGAAACUUAAAAUGGAUGUACUAUACUGGUGAAUGGGAAAUAAUCAUGAUUUCUUAUACCAAUUGUUAAUCACUUCAAACUAUUUGUGCUUGAAAUAUUUUUGAAGGAAGAGAAGUUGUGAACUUGUGUACUGUUUUAAUCACCCAUGCCAAUAUGUGGGAUAUUUGAACAUCCUAAAAGUUCUAAGGGGCCUCUUUAUAGAAACUAGUUUUAAAUCCCAUUAAGGACUUGCAGAAUGUUCUCAAACUCCUGUGGAUAUUUUUGAUGAGGUUAGUUAAUUAAAUACAUUUUCCACAGGGUAGUUGUUUUAACUUUAAGAAAUUAAUUGGUUGGUGAUUUUUUUUUUUCCUCUGCUGAUCAUUUUGUAUUGCUUUUUUCUGACCAUGGAUGUGAUUUGCCCACCAGAGAAGAACUAAUGUAUUAAAAUUCAAUUUAUAGUUUUUGUGUUGUCAUUUAGGAUAACCACAGCACAGUUGCUUUGUCCAGCUUGGAUUAGUGAUUAAAAAUUAACAGCAAUAUAUCAGUAUUAUAUGUCAGAUUGCGAAUCAAUCACAUCCUGUAUUUAAUUUGGUAGUAAACAUAAUGUUUGAGUUUGUAUGUAUGCAUGCAUAAGCUUUUUUUUUGCUGUGAUACAUCUCAUCACAUAAUCAUGGAAUAAAUCGUGACAUCAGAAA